AUGCCGCCCAACGGCAAAUCAAAUGGUCGUUUCCAGCUGCCACAGCUUGCGCCGGUCAACUUCUCCCUCACAGAUGGCACCGAUAUCCCUCCUCCUCCAGACUCCCCAGUCGAAGAAAAGCCACGGCCUGCGACCCAUCUCGCAAUACCACCAUCCACGACCACUACAACCAUAACCACGAAUGGCCCUCUGGGCGUGUCGACGAAUGUCUUAGCAGUCGGUAGCAAACGUGGCCGAUCGGAUGAUCCUCCCCUAAGUCCUGCGUCGACCAGGAGGCCGAGCAGCAUCCGGCGAUUCCUGUCGAAAAAAUCUCUCAAUGCGAAUUUUGUAGAUGGGGCAAACAGGUCACAAGAGGAUUUGGCGACCAUAGGGCGACCGGAUAGCCGGGCAAGUGUUAUGACAGAUGUCAACAAGAAGAGGAGCAGGAGUUGGUUCCGACGGUUGUCUGGCAGUAAUCUUGGGCGCUCCAACUCCAUUGCGGUAUCAAAGCCUCUACCGGCGGAGAAGAAGGGACCUCCACCCCCGAAAUUACCGGAAUUAAAUCAAUUCAAGGCCCAGAUACCGGAGGGCGAUGAGGGGAGCUUGGGCGCGGAGGAUAUGUUCAAAAAUAUCAAGUAG